AUGCAGUUUCUCUCUGGAAUUGCCAGUCUCCUCACUCGACCGCCUCCUACGACCGAUCCUCGCUCAGACCCCAGUGCCAGCCCUGAUACUUUCGCGUCUCAUGGUGGUGAAGAAGUGGAGGAACCGGAGGGAAUGUCCGGGAUAAGGACAACUGGUGCGCCUUUAAAUGUGCCUUUAAAUGCUCGGAUAGGGAAUACAACUUUUUUGUCCCAAGGGCAUUUGCCCUCUGGCAGGUCGAACAUGCGGUGGAGAGACGAAGCCUCGGAUGAGCGGAGAUUAUUUCCAACCUACAAAAAAUCUCAAGAUGAUGUUCCAAUCAGUGUUGGUCAAUCGUUCAACAAACCCAAAAGGCCGAGAGUCAAUCAAUUUUCCGGAUUUCGGCCGGUCGACCGCAUAACGCCGAAAAGAAAGGACAGUGGCCCCGUUCGCGCCUGGGGAGAAAGCAAGAUCACAAACGGCUCUGCUCAACCCUCAACACCUUCUCGACACCCGCUAAGCUCGCCGACACGGGUUGAUAAUGAGCACCGAGCUUUGAAGCGUCAACGACAUUCAUCUGGCGCGGUCAUCGAUUUGGUGGACGAUGACGAAAGGCAUACGAUUGACGAUGGAAGAACACUACAGAACCGAAGCCCUUCAGUUGCGAGUGUGGAAUCACCUGAUAACCGAGAAAGGAAACGAAACCCAACUCGAGUAUUCAAGGUUCCAGAAGAUAACGAUCCCGACGAGGCUUGCAUGGAAGUGAAACCAACCAAGCUAAAGGAUAGGCUGAACAAACCUGUGGAGACUGCAGAGGUCGACUAUAAGGAUGUGUCAUUGCAAAUUGAAGAAGACAAUCCUCGAGAUCCAGUGAUCCGACACCGAUUUGAAUGCGAGAAACGCCGAGGUUCCGAUGCGAGUGAAAGCCCAGAUGAGCUACAGGACGAUGUCGCCUUUCGAACAAACCCAGAAUCGUUCGCGUCAAAUCGACGGACUAUUGGAUCGGACUCAUUUUUGAAUGAGGUGGAGCAAAAGCAAACUAGAGGGGUAAAACGCAGGCUUUCACCAAACGAUAUCCGACCGACGGUCUUCAACUCAUCAAAUAAGUCUCCGAAUAGACGACAACGAAUUCAGCAGCCUCCUCGAACCCACAAAUACCUAUUCGAUAUCAAUUUUUUUAGAUUCGGCAGCAUCCAGAUUGAGAACCGAAGCGCGCAGCUGUUCCUAGACGAGGGUAAUGAUACUAUCGGAACACACCAAUCGAUUCCGUCCGUGAGCAUACCAAUUCGUAGAAUCAAUCAUGUAUUGUCGGGUACGGAUGGUAGCUUGAAAUGUCGUUUCAAUCUUACCAAGAUCGAGGGAGCUGGGAAUCAAGUCUUGGUCGAUAUUGAGUUUGCAACUGAAGCAGACAAAGACCAGCUUUGCGGUCUGCUACGAAGGACCACGAAAAUACGUGAAAAAUCAGGGGAGUGGAUGGACAAGGCUUUUGACAAUGUGGUUAUUGUUGAGCCUGUCCGUAAAAAGCGACUCAGCAGUCCUGAUAUUACAGAGUCUAAUGACGGCACAAAACCCGAACCAGUGAAACGACAAAGGGUAUCGGUGACACUCCAAGCUGAAAAGGAAUCUCCCAAGGGCAUCAAUCAAGCACCACGUCGGGUCCCUUUGCCAGUUAUGCAGCCUUCCUCCAGUAUUCCCAAAACGCCUCGAUCUGGGGACGAUGAAGGAGUCCCAAUCCCAGUGAAAACAUAUCAAGCCUUCCGCAAAGAACGAGAAACAAGAUCCAAGGCUCGAGGUCUAGUCGACUUGGUCGACAAUGAGCCCGAGUCUGUUUUGGAGGUAACCUCAGGUGACCGCUGGUCAAAACCACUCGUGUACCCGCCUGUAGGAAAGAAAAAGGCGGAAGUUAAUCGCUAUGACCUCGAGCGCUUACGCGACGGGGAGUUUCUAAACGACAAUCUUAUAGGCUUUUACGCUCGCUUCUUGGAACAUUACCUUGAACGAAACAAACCCGAAGUAUCCAAACGGGUCUACUUUUUCAAUUCCUAUUUCUAUGCGACGCUCACGAGCCCUGUAAAGGGGAGAAAGGGGGUAAAUUAUCAAGGCGUUUCAAAAUGGACUAGAAAUAUCGAUUUAUUUAGCCACGACUACGUGGUUGUGCCUAUCAAUGAAAACGCCCAUUGGUAUCUGGCUAUCAUCUGCAAUCUUAGCACUCUCAAGAAACGCUCGGGGGCUAAGGAGGGAGAGUCUAUGCAGGAAGAACCUGAAGCGCAACAGAAAGUGAUCGAUCACAACGAAAUCCCCGAGACUCCUUCGCCUGAAAAAGCUGCCACUCCUGAAGAGACGGCCCGUGACUCACUUGCCUCGAUGAAGAUAGACGACGUGGUACCAAGUUCAAAUCCUCAAAAUAGUCCAAAUUCUGAUGAUGAGUGGCCUGAGAAAGAAGAAAAUCAAGCUUCACCACCUACUGUUUUUCACGGCGAAAUUCCAUCUGUGACCGUUCAGUCGAAGCUUGCUGUAACUGAUGCGGUGAAGAAGAAGAAGUUGAAAUCUUCAGGCCCGGUUUACUCAAUCGAUCAGCCAACAAUCAUCACAUUUGAUUCUCUUAAUGAGCCAAGGCAACAUGCAAUCAAGGUUCUCAAACAGUAUCUUAUGGAGGAAUCUAUGAAGGCAAAAGUCUCAUUUGAAAUGAAGGACAUCAAAGGCAUGACGGCCAAAGGAAUCCCGUUGCAGCCUAAUUAUUCUGAUUGCGGUCUUUAUCUGCUAGCAUAUCUUGAGAAGUUCGUUCAAAAUCCGGAUGAGUUUGUCAGAAAUAUUCUACGGAGGGAAAUGAGUACUCAAGUUGACUGGCCGACUUUAAAGUCGGGAUUGUUACGACGGAGGCUCCGGGACUUUCUCUUCAAGCUGCAUGACGAACAAGAAUCUGGCCAAGAUACCCACUUAUUGGUUGAUGCAGAGCUAAUUUCCUAUCUGCUGAGUCCUGCUGCGCGGCCAGCUAAGAAUGCACAGAACGUUGAAGACGCGCCCGUCGCAGAACCAGAAGUCAUUGCUGAUUCUUUUCAAGACAAGAAUGAAACGAAUGAUGAUGCUGGUUCAGACAUGGAAUCUGUCAUCCAAGAGACGCAGUUUUCGGAACAACAAGGCGCCUCUAAUACUCAGCAUGAGCAAGAGGCAGCAGAUGAGCCAAAACCUGAGCAGCAUGUUGCUGAGGUGGUAGAAGUUCCCAAGACUCCAGAACGGGAAUUAGACGUCAACGUGGCGGUGCCUGAUAGCUCGCCUGUUGUCAUAACAGACUCUGCCCCCGAUGCAGAGAAAAAGGCUAUCCAUCGCGAUCAGCGCGUCGAAGCUGACAAAGACAUAUUCGAAGAUAUGUUUGAGUAUUUCACCUACACUCGUCCGCGGAACAGGGUGGAGGUGCAGGUCCCUACUGUUCAAGUCCCGAGGACACCGCCAGCUAGGAAGCCUCGCAAAGAACGUACCAGUCCACGACAGAUCAAAUCGAACAAGAAGAUUUGA